AAAUGCAAAUAGCCAAAUAGCCGUUUCUUCUCCUCUCUCUCUCUCUCUUUGAUUUUGUGAAUACCCAGAAGAAUCCUUCACAUUUAUAAAUCAUAACACAUCAUAUUCUUAAACCACAAUCAUUUUUUCAUAUAACAUUUGGUGAUUUUUGCGCACACACUUUCGAAAACACAUGAAGAUGGUUCUGUCUGGGUUCUCUCUGCUGCUGCACAUUGCUCUGCUUGCAAGACUCUGUUUUGGAGGCGACCCAACUGUUUUCACUGAACUUCGCGUCUCAUACACCACCGUUACUCCUCUGGGUGUUCCUCAGCAGGUUAUAGCUAUCAACAAGAAGUUUCCAGGACCUGUCAUCAAUGUUACAACCAAUAACCAUGUAAUUGUGAAUGUGUUCAAUGAAUUGGAUGAAGAUCUUCUCAUUUCAUGGUCGGGGGUUCAAAUGCGACGUAACUCAUGGCAAGAUGGAGUCCUUGGCACAAAUUGUCCAAUUCCUCCCAAUUGGAAUUGGACAUAUCAGUUCCAAGUCAAGGAUCAAAUUGGAAGUUUCUUUUACUUCCCUUCUCUUGGUUUCCAAAGAGCCUCUGGUGGCUUUGGUCCCUUUGUUAUCAAUAAUAGAGAAAUUAUUCCAAUUCCUUUUGCGCGGCCAGAUGGAGAGAUUUUCAUUAUGGUUGGUGAUUGGUACACUCAGAACCACACGGCCCUAAGAGCAACUCUUGAUGGUGGAAAAGACCUUGGGAUACCAGAUGGUGUUCUCAUCAAUGGGAAGGGACCUUUCCAGUACAACACUACUCUUGUUCCUGGUGGCAUCAAUUAUGAAACAAUUACCGUUGAUCCAGGCAAGACUUAUCGAAUUCGUGUCCACAAUGUGGGAAUCUCAACUUCUUUGAAUUUCCGAAUUCAAGAUCAUAAUCUACUGUUGGUGGAGACUGAGGGGCAUUACACAACUCAAACAAAUUUCACCAGCUUUGAUAUUCAUGCUGGCCAGUCAUACUCUUUUCUGCUUUCCACUGACCAAAAUGCAAGUACAGACUACUAUAUUGUUGCAAGUGCCAGGUUUGUGAAUGAAUCAUUGUGGGAGAAGGUUACAGGUGUUGCAAUUUUACACUAUUCAAAUUCCAAGGGACCAGCAAUUGGUCCUCUGCCUCCCCCUCCAAGUGAUUUUUAUGACAAGACAGCUUCAAUGAACCAAGCAAGAAGUGUCAGACAAAAUACAUCUGCUAGUGGUGCUCGUCCUAAUCCUCAAGGAUCCUUUCAUUAUGGCUCCAUCAAUGUAACUGAUACUUAUGUGUUAAAGGUUAUGUCCCUGGCGCCAAUCAAUGGUACAAAUCGAGCUACUAUUAAUGGGAUCUCAUUUCUCAAGCCUGAGGUUCCAUUCCGGCUUGCUGACAAGCAUCAAUUAAGAGGAACAUAUAAGCUUGAUUUUCCCAGCAAGCCAAUGAACAGGACCCCAGUAAUUGACAGAUCAAUGAUCAACGCUACAUAUAAGGGAUUCAUUGAGAUUAUAUUGCAAAACAAUGACUCCUCUAUUCAAAACUUUCAUCUGGAUGGUUACUCCUUUUUUGUAGUUGGGAUGGAUUAUGGUGAUUGGUCAGAAAAUUCUAGAGGUUCUUAUAACAAGUGGGAUGCAAUAUCUCGCAGCACAACUCAGGUUUUUCCUGGAGGAUGGACAGCAAUCCUUAUAUCGCUCGACAAUGUUGGAUCAUGGAACCUGAGAGCAGAAAACCUGGACAGGUGGUACCUAGGUCAAGAAACUUAUCUGAAGAUCGUCAAUCCGGAAGAAAAUGGUGACACCGAGAUGGCUGCACCAGAUAAUGUUCUAUAUUGUGGUCCCCUCAAGAGCUUGCAGAAGUCGAAUUCUACUUUUUCUGCAGCUUCUACUUUGGGACAUAGCUUGAACCUUUUCUCAUUGCUCCUGGGACUUUUUGCUAUUAUUCUCUUCCUAGCUAGAUAAGCCUCUAUUUUGCUGCUCCAUUGGCAUUUUUAUAGUUUUCAAAAAUGUAGUUAUAGGAUUGUGAGAAAGGUGAAUUACCAACUUCUUUGUCUAAAGUACAAUUGCUUUUUUAGUUAUUUCAUGCUUUCUGUACACAUUUUUCUCUUUGUUUAGAUGUCUAUCACCAAAAAGCUCAUUUAAGGGCUACUUGGUUUUGGUCAGUAUUAAUCCAUGGUAUACAAAUUAUAGGUUACUCAAAUUGAGUGAAUCCAGACAUGUAUUGUACCCAAAUUUGGGUGCAUCCUUUGUUAGAAAUGAAAAUUGCUCAAAGGAAUGCGGUUUCACAAA